ACCGAACAUAGUGUUGUACAUUAGGAGGGUUGGACGAAAUGGCGUCCUUGUGCUGUGUGGUGUUAGCAGUGAGGUAUUUAGCUGAACCGCUAAGCUAAAUACUAUUAAAAUUGACACGUAGCCUGUGAGUGUGGAAGCGGGUUAGGGUUUGAGCGCCGUGCAUUGCGCUGGAGAAAAUCACAGAAGAAUGUGUCGACAGUGUAUGAAGUAGCGUUUUAUCUUCUCAAAGCGGGACAGAGAAAACAGGUACACGGGGUAGUGAUGGCAGCUGGCCAGAAGAAAACCAGCGCCGAGACGUACUUGCUGUCCGGCUCCAACGGCCUGAACGGAUCAAAAGCACAAGGAGUGACUCUAACGGAGCAAAACUGCAAUGGCAAGAAUUCCCGGCUGGCCAAGAUGGCCUCGAACUUGCAGAAGAAGUGCGCGGCGUACGUGCUGGCCCUGCGGCCGUGGAGCUUCAGCGCCUCUCUGACGCCUGUGGCUUUAGGAAGCGCACUGGCCUACAAACUGGAGGGCUCUGUGGACCUUGUCAUACUUCUGGUGUGCGCCGUGGCCGUUCUGGUGGUGCACGGUGCCGGGAAUCUCGUGAACACUUAUUACGAUUUCUCCAAGGGAAUCGAUCACAAGAAGAGCGAUGACCGGACUCUGGUGGAUCGGAUCCUGGAACCGCAAGACGUGGUGAUGUUCGGCGCCGUGCUUUACUCGGUGGGAUGUCUCUGCGCCACGUUGUUGUAUUUCCUCUCUACGCUGCGGCUCGAGCAUCUGGCGCUCAUCUAUUUCGGAGGGCUGUCGAGCUCCUUUUUGUACACUGGAGGAAUCGGUCUGAAGUACGUGGCACUGGGGGACGUGGUGAUCCUGAUCACGUUCGGCCCGCUGGCUGUGUUGUUUGCACAUGCAGUGCAGGUGGGUCACCUGUCUGUGCUGCCGCUGGUGUAUGCCGUGCCGCUGGCCUUGCACGCCGAGGCCAUUCUUCACAGCAACAAUACGCGCGACAUGCAGUCGGAUCGCAGCGUCGGCAUCGUCACGCUCGCCAUCCUGGCCGGCCCGACGCUCUCGUACAUCCUCUACAAUGUGCUGCUAUUCGCUCCCUACGCGGUGUUCUGUGUGCUGGCCACGCGCUACACCAUCAGCAUGGCGCUGCCGCUGCUCACACUGCCCAUGGCCUUCCCGCUGGAGCGCCAGUUCCGGAGUCAGCACUACACCAAGAUCCCACAGAAAACAGCCAAGCUCAACCUUCUCGUGGGACUCUUCUACGUCUUCGGGAUCAUUCUCUCACCGGCGGGGAGCCUGCCACUGUUAUAAAAGAGAGCGCCCUUUCUUAUUUUCUCAUUUUAAUGCUACAAAAGAAAUUGACUUCAUACCUUGUCACCGUUUCUUUUUAAUUUUGGCCGUUUUUUUUCCCAGAGUACUGGACUUAUUACUUACUGGAUUAUUAUUAUUAUUAUUAUUAUUAUUAUUAUUUAUAGCAAUUUUUUUUUCAUCAGUGGAAGUCCAAAAUCUUUCAAAACGCACUCAAGCUUGCCAUCUUUUGGAUCACUUUACACCACCUGGGAGAAAAGUGAAAAGAAAUACACUGCGUUUUUUUUUCUUUCCUGUUUUUUGUUGUACAAAUUGUAAUUGCGCCAUUUUUUUUCUUCUUCUAUAGUUUAGUUAUUCCUCCAUUUUAAUUUGCUGCUUAACUUAUGCUUCAGGGCUAACAAACGCUUUGCAGAGGUAACGACGCUAGCUGGAAAAAUCAGUAUUCUUUGAAACAGCGUGUGAGCAAAGUGUUUCUGCUCAGUUGCAGAGCUUUUGUUAAAUUUUAGUUACACACACCUGGAGAAACAGUUUAUUUUCAGGAGUUUGGGGCGUAUUAGUGAUUAUUACUAAAUUGACAGUUGUCUAAAUCCACUCGGUUACACACUGUGUAGGAAUAAACAGUGCCAGAUUGUAUUGUGUUUUAACGCGUCAGGACAUUGACUGGCUUGUCACAUGUUAAAGGCAGUCUGAAACCAAACUGAAGUCUUCUUUCUUUCAAGAAGGGAGAAUAAAAAUGUGAUUUCUGUACAUCUCGUUUAAAUAACUGUCUUUGAUAAAGAUUUGAACAGCAUCGGGUCUUUAAAAAAAAAAUAAACGAUACUUUACAGUAA